AGGGACGGGCCCUACUCGUCCCCGUGCGGCGCCCAGGCUUACAGGCCGAGCUCCUCCCCGGCUGGGUCUGUCCCCUCCCUCGGCCGUUCCUCCUUCCUCCUCCUCCUUCUCCUCCUCCUCCUCCGGCAGGCAGGCAGGCGGGCAGGCGGGCAGCAUGGCGGCCGUGGAGACGCGGGUUUGCGAGACGGACGGCUGCAGCAGCGAGGCCAAGCUCCAGUGUCCCACCUGCAUCAAGCUGGGCAUCCAGGGCUCGUACUUCUGCUCGCAGGACUGCUUUAAAGGAAGUUGGGCUACUCACAAGUUACUACAUAAGAAAGCAAAAGAUGAAAAGGCAAAACGGGAAGUGUGUGCCUGGACUGUAGAAGGUGAUGUGAACACUGACCCGUGGGCAGGGUACCGCUACACCGGGAAACUGAGGCCGCAUUACCCACUGAUGCCCACCAGGCCAGUGCCCAGUUACAUCCAGAGGCCAGACUACGCUGACCAUCCCCUAGGAAUGUCUGAAUCUGAACAGGCUCUUAAAGGCACUUCUCAAAUUAAGCUACUCUCAACUGAAGAUAUAGAAGGGAUGCGACUUGUGUGUAGGCUUGCUAGAGAAGUCUUGGAUAUUGCUGCUGGGAUGAUUAAAGCAGGUGUGACUACUGAAGAAAUUGAUCACGCUGUACACUUAGCAUGCAUUGCAAGAAAUUGCUAUCCUUCUCCCCUGAAUUACUAUAAUUUCCCAAAGUCUUGUUGUACCUCAGUGAAUGAAGUCAUCUGCCAUGGGAUUCCAGACAGACGACCUUUGCAAGAAGGUGAUAUUGUUAAUGUGGAUAUCACUCUUUAUCGAAAUGGUUAUCACGGGGAUCUAAAUGAGACCUUUUUUGUUGGAGAUGUGGAUGAAGGAGCACGGAAACUUGUUCAGACUACAUAUGAGUGCCUGAUGCAAGCCAUCGAUGCAGUGAAGCCUGGUGUUCGAUACAGAGAACUGGGAAACAUCAUUCAGAAACAUGCCCAAGCAAAUGGAUUCUCAGUUGUUCGAAGCUAUUGUGGACAUGGAAUCCACAAACUUUUCCAUACAGCUCCCAAUGUACCACACUAUGCCAAGAAUAAGGCAGUUGGUGUGAUGAAGUCUGGCCACGUGUUUACAAUUGAACCAAUGAUUUGUGAAGGUGGAUGGCAGGAUGAGACCUGGCCAGAUGGCUGGACUGCAGUGACAAGGGAUGGAAAACGGUCCGCUCAGUUUGAGCACACCCUGCUGGUCACGGACACUGGCUGUGACAUUCUCACCCGGAGACUCGAUAGCUCUCGGCCUCAUUUCAUGUCCCAGUUUUAAUUUCCCACGAUGCCUAAUACCUGAACACCAUCCUGUACUGUGCAUUUUAUUGAAGGUACAGAAAUGAAGAGGUUUUUAAAAAUCACUCAUUUUGUUUGGCUGUGGAUACGAAAGGACUACAGCGUUCGAUGUGUGCCCUCAGGAGCUUCUUUUGGGGUCUGAAAAAGCUGAGAAGAAUAAAGGAAACCUUGCUUACUUCCUUCA